AUGGCUACAAAUACUACCAAACCCAUACAUAGUCUUAUCAUUGACGCAGGACCAAUUAUUAAGAAUGACCCUUCGGUCUCUACGCUUCUUGGCCAAGCAGAACACCUUUAUACUAUUCCCCUCGUUAUCGACGAAAUCAAAGAUGCCGUUACAAGAGCCAGAUUCGAGACUAUAUUAUUACCUUUUCUCAAAUUAAGAGCGCCUAGAUCAGCCAGUAUUAAAGUUAUAACUGAAUUCGCGCGGAAAACAGGUGAUUUGGAAGUACUCAGCAGACAAGAUAUUCAUUUGAUGGCUUUAGCAUAUGAGCUUGAAUGUGAACGAAAUCAUGGAGAUUGGAGAUUACGAAGUGUACCAGGACAAAAGAGAUUGAACGGAGCACCUCCCGCAUCAUUAAGUGGCGAAAGACCUGCCGAUGCCACAGAGGCACCACAAACGACUACAGAUGCAGCGGCGCAACCAGCAAUCGAAACCAGAGGCGCAUGGGGAACAUCAAUACCUCAAGCAACAGAAGAAUCUAAAGUGGAGACACAGCCCAUUGAGGAAGCAUUGGAGGCUACCCAUAUAUCAACAGCCGAUGAUGCAAAGAGCGCAGAGAAACCAGCAGAGGAUGUAGUCACAGAAGAAUCGACCAAAGACGGAGUCACAGAGGAACAAACCCAAGAACCAACUUCCACAACGGAGCCCGAGACUAUUCCAGAAACAAUAGAAGAAGUUCCCGCCUCUGAAUCCGACGCCGAAUCUGACGGCGAAGGCUGGAUCACCCCCUCCAAUCUAAAAAAGCAUCAACAAAAAGACACAAACUCCUCCUUCUCCCCCCAAGAAGAAUCCAAAACCAUCCAAGUAGCAACCAUCACCACCGAUUACGCCAUGCAAAACGUAAUGUUACGCAUGAACCUCAACCUUCUCUCCCCCUCUCUCCAACGCAUCCGCCAGCUCAAAACCUGGGUUCUAAGAUGUCACGCCUGUUUCUCCAUCACUCGAGAAAUGACCCGACAAUUCUGUUCCCGCUGUGGCAAACCCACUCUCCUCCGUACCUCCUGCUCAACCGAUAAAGACGGAGUGGUAAAAAUCCAUCUCAAGAAAAAUAUGCAGUGGAAUAACAGAGGAAAUGUAUACAGUGUCCCCAAACCAGUUGCCGGGACAGCGAAUGGAAAGAAUAUCAAAGGGGGUGGUAAAGGAGGAUGGGGUAAUGAUUUGAUAUUGGCGGAGGAUCAAAAAGAAUACGUGAGGGAAAUGGCGACGGAAAAGAGGCGCAAGGAAAAGGAUCUUAUGGAUGAAGAUUAUCUACCUAGUAUCUUGACGGGAGAUCGUGGAAGAGCCGGUGGAAGACCAAAAGUUGGAGCGGGCAAGAAUGUCAAUUCAAGGAAACGACAUUAG